AUGUGGCUGACUUUAGGAACAACCGUUGCUAAGGCCUUAGCAGCCUAUGUCGCAUUCGCUGGUCACAGCACAGCCGCAAAUAGCAGAUUGGAAUCUUACCUUGCGGCGCACCCCGUAUCGACCAGUACGCUGGUCUCUAUAAGCUCUAUACAGAGCCCAAGUAUAGAUUCAGUUCCAGCACAAGUUAAGAAACCGUCUGCUACAUCCAACACGGCUAGAGUCUGCUGUCCCACAAGCUGUAACGGAAGCAAACCAAAUAACUGGACGGUAUAUCAAAAUGUUGAUCGCCUUGCACUAUGCAAUCAAACCAUGCUCUUGGAUUUUGCCCUUUACAAUCCACUUGGCGACCACAGAACCCACGCGAGCAUACGAUCUUGCACUGCGGAUUAUAAGAGUAGCUUUAGCGCACCUAGCAGACUUACGAAUGAAUCGUGUCGUUCCAGCAAGAACCUGAAGCAAGGAGAGGCAUCUUUGCAAAUAGCAUGGCUAGGUUCAAGUAACACUGAAGCAGCUGGCGACGUUGUUGCUGCUGCUCAACAGAUGGAAAGGUAUAUAAGCCAGAGCGAAGUCGGCUGUAAUAGCACAACAGCCUUUGCAUACUCUGGACAGACAGCUCUUGGUCUUUACGCUGGUUUGGGAAUCCAAAGCCAGGGAAUUGUAUCAACCGUACUUCAACAAUUCAGCGCUCACGUGGAGACCAAUGGAAUAUCAGAAAAUCUUUUCGUUCAACUCUGUGCAACAAAUGGCCAAAGCUCUAGACUCGCUUUCGGAGUUAUGGCAAACACCAACUCCAAUCUAUCUUCCGUGCAGCAUGCUGUAAAGACAUGGAGAGACGGAAAGUGCGUCACUGAGUAUGACGAAGCGACUGUCUAG